AUGUCUAAAGGACAUCUGCAGCUAGCAAAAGAUCAUCUGAGUAAACAGGGACUAGCCGACAAAAAAACAGACAUGUUAAAUCCGUUACAAGAAUUCGCAUUACCUAGUUUGUGUGGGAGCACGAUUGCUGAGCAUUUUCUAAAGAUUGGAGAGAGACAAGCGAGACCUGUCCGUGAAUUGGCGACUCAGUUUGCGGAGUCGACGUUGCCGGAUGUGCCGACCAAUUGGGUGUUUAAGGCUGGUUGGACGCGGUAUACGGGGAAUGAUAAAGAGCCAGAAGGUGUAGAAUAUCCGGACGAGGAGCUUUUGUGUUUUGAUGUUGAAACGAUGUUAAGUGAUAGUCCUUUCGCAGUAAUGGCUGUCGCGGCUUCACCAAAUGCUUGGUAUGGAUGGGUGUCGCCACAAUUAAUUGAAUAUGCACAUAAUAAAAAAAAAGAAACCACUGAAAAUUUAUCGAAUCCUGAUGACUCUGAAAGAGAAAAUUUAACGAACCCUGAUGACCUGGAAAAGGAAAAGUCCAUUGAAAAGUUAUCGAAUCCUGAUGAGCCUGAAAGAGAAAAUUUAACGAACCCUGGUGACCUGGAAAAGGAAAAAUCCACUGAAAAGUUAUCGAAUCCUGAUGACCCUGAAAGAGAAAAUUUAUCGAACCCUGAUGACCUGGAAACGGAAAAGGUCACUGAAAAGUUAUCGAAUCCUGAUGACUCUGAAAGAGAAAAUUUAACGAACCCUGAUGACCUGGAAAAGGAAAAGUCCACUGAAAAGUUAUCGAAUCCUGAUGAGCCUGAAAGAGAAAAUUUAACGAACCCUGAUGACCUGGAAAAAGAAAAGUUAUCGAAUCUUGAGAGCGCUGUAAAUAGUAACAAUAAAGGACGCUUAAUUCCUGUUGGCAAAUUACAAAAAGAUCGAAUAAUAGUUGGACAUAAUGUAGGUUUUGAUCGAGCGCGUAUCAAGGAAGAAUACCAUCUCGAUCCCACAAAUACAUAUUUCUUGGAUACAAUGGCGCUGCAUGUCGCCGUUAGUGGUCUCUGCUCACAACAACGCCCCUCCUGGAUAAAAUACGACAAAGCAGCAGAAGCUAAUGAUACCAUAUAUCUGGAACAGGCGCGAGACUUUCAAGCAGUUUACGACGUAAGUUCUUUGAAUAAUUUACGGGAUGUUUACAAAUUUCAUUGUUCAGAGAUUUUGGAUAAAGAUGUACGUGAUAUGUUUGUGAAUGGGACAAUGGAAGAGAUUAGUGACUUGAAAAACUUUCCAACAUUAAUGGAGUAUUGUGCAACAGAUGUGCUUGCUACGCAUAGGGUCUUCCAAAAAGUGUUACCACGAUUUUUGCGCACAUGUCCACAUCCAGUAUCAUUUGCUGGGAUGGUUCACAUGGGAAAUAUGUUUUUGCCUGUGAGUAGUGACUGGAACAAUUACUUGAAAAAAGCAGAAGGUGUUUUCCAAGAACAAUCCAACUCGAUCGAGAAAAAUUUAUGCGAGUUGGCAGAGGCUGCUGUACAACUAAAUCCGGAGGAGGCGAAGAAGGAUCCUUGGCUUCAACAAUUAGAUUGGUCACUUCCAUCCUCGCGAAGUAGGAAGCUUCCCGAUAAGCCAAAUUGGUAUCGUGGCAUAUAUAACACAAAAACGGGAAAGAUUAGAAUAACAGUUAGAACCCGUAUAGCACCACUGUUGCUUAAAUUGAAAUGGUUAAAUUAUCCGAUAUAUUUUUCUCAUAAAUACGGUUGGAUGUAUCGAGUGCCUAAAGAAGAUACUCAGUAUAAAACCAAAGCUAAACAGUGUACUUUUCAGACAGAUCCUGAAGAGCCAGAUUAUGAAGAACGAUUUGUCAAAGAUGACGGAGCGAGGUAUUAUAAAGUACCGCAUAAAGAUGGGGAAUCAGCUAGAGUAGUGAAUCCUAUGGCGAAAAAUUUUAUAUCAGCUUUUGAAAAUGGGAUUCUGAAUUCAGAGUAUCCAGAAGCUCGUACGGCGCUCGGUAUGAACGCUGCAUGUUCUUAUUGGAUAAGUGCAAGAGAGCGUAUACAAUCUCAGAUGGUAGUGUAUCAAGAUCAUCCCGAUAUCGAGGAUAUUGGAUUCGAAAUGAGCGAUGGAAAACUCCCGGGAAUGAUUUUACCACAGACUCUAACUAUGGGCACUAUAACUCGCCGUGCUGUAGAAAAAACAUGGUUGACUGCAAGCAACGCAAAAGAAAAUCGAAUUGGAUCUGAAUUAAAAGCGAUGGUUCAAUCACCUAAAGGUUAUAAAAUUGUAGGCGCAGAUGUAGAUUCUGAAGAGUUGUGGAUUUCUAGCUUAAUUGGGGAUGCACAAUUUGGUGCUCAUGGAUCAACAGCCUUGGGAUGGAUGACGCUGCAGGGUACAAAGAAAGCUGGUACCGACUUACAUUCGAAAACGGCAUCAAUUUUAGGAAUUUCUAGAGACAGUGCCAAAGUUUUUAAUUAUGGACGAAUUUACGGGGCUGGGUUGAAAUUCGCGAUUCAAAUGCUUCGACAAUUCAACGAAAAUAUCGAAGAGGCGGAUGCGCAAAAGCGAGCUGAGAGUCUGUAUAAACAAACGAAAGGCGAAAAAUACUAUGUUAAUAAAGAAACCAGACCAUUCUGGUAUGGUGGCAGUGAGAGUUACAUGUUUAACGGGUUGGAAAGCAUCGCCACAAGUAAAGAGCCAAAAACCCCAGUAUUGAAAUGUGGCAUAACAGACGCGUUGAACUCUAAAGUUGUUAAUCGUAACUAUAUGACCUCUAGGGUUAAUUGGGUUGUGCAAUCUUCCGGCGUGGAUUAUCUUCAUCUGUUGCUUGUCUCGAUGAAGUAUUUGACUGAAAAGUAUGGCAUUUGGACAAGAUUUUUGCUGUCUGUACAUGAUGAGGUGCGUUUUCUUGUCAAAGAUGAGGAUAGUUAUCGUGCUGCGUUGGCAUUGCAAAUUAGUAAUCUAUGGACUAGAGCUAUGUUCAGUUAUAUGCUUGGAAUCGAGGAUUUACCUUUGUCGAUUGCAUUUUUCUCGGCGGUAGAUAUCGAUCAUGUACUUCGAAAAGAAGUAGAAAUGAAGUGCAAAACAUUAUCACAUCCCUCAGAAAUUCCUCAAGGUGAAAGUGUCACGAUACAAAAACUCGUAGAUAUGCAGAAAAAAUUAUAUCGUGAAGACAAUGAAACCAAUGACUACAACGAGGACCUAACAGCUUAUGAAAUACCCGAAAUGUAUGCCAGCCUUUUAGAACAACAGCAACCGUCCAAAGAUGAAGCUCAGCAAGACAAUGAACAAUACAUUAAUGUUAUGCCUUCACAGCAUGAACAGCGUAACUACAAGGUUGGUAGUAUGCGACAAUUACAUGCACGGUUCAGUACCAUUAGUUCACAAAAGCCCAAUAUAUUUCCUAAAAAGAAUAUAACUAGCAGUUCAGUAAUAAAUCAAGAUGUUCCACUUUCUUCGUAUGACGUCCUAUAUAUAUCAUCUACUCCCAAGAAAUCUAAAAAAAGAGAAUCAAAAAUGAAUGUUCUAUGUUCAGAAGAUCUGGAAAAGUGA